AUGGUUUGGGCAUUUAGUAAGGAUGAAGGAUACAAGGCCAGUAAAACUCAUAUGGGAAGCAAGUGUUCAACAGAAAACGGCAAGAGGGCGACCGAAAAAGACGUGGAAAGAUGGAUUGGCGAAAAUACUCAAAAACAGGGGAAUAAUACGAUGAACCAGAUUCAAAUUCCUGAACCACAUCGUUUUGGAUAUCCUGCUGUGUUCCCGAGUCGAAUGAUCGCUCCAAUCCGGGCUCCAUAUCCAGUUACUAUUGGCCCAGGUCCGGCUACAAUUCCACCACUUUAUCCUUACCCGAUUUGGUUUAAAAACCGAUUGGUGCAAAACGACGUACAGGGAAGAAUUAAAAAAGUUCUAGAUUCUGAGAGGUCCGGUGUAGGCACCGACGAUGUAUACGUUCCACAUCUGUGGUACUUUGAGUUACUCAGCUUUUUGCGGGACCAGGAAAGUCCAAGAACCUCUGUGUCAAAUAUGGAAGACGACAAUGAAACGCAGAAUUCUGAGACACAUGGAGUUCAGUCCGAAGAUAAUUCGUCUCAACCAGCCACCCCACAUUCAAUUAUAUCUGAACCACUUACACCUCGGCCAAUACCACAAGCAACUUCUAGAGCAGCAAAAAUGCGUAACGAUAAAUGUGAUGAAGUCCUGGAUGUAACUCAGAAACGCUUUACAAUGCCUUCUGAUGUUGACGCCAAGUUUACGCUCAUUGGAAAAGCUUGGGCCUGCAAGUUAAAGGAACUUUCGCAAGUACAAGCAACUCGGAACUCUAAAUCGUUAUUGUACCUUGCAUAUACAACAUCCAUUAUACAAUCAGCAAAUAGUACCGUGUUUACAACCAGGGUCAUCAUAAAAUCAUCAAAUCACGCCAUCUUUGCCGACGCCUCCUUUACAAACAGGACCAUCCUCUCAGCACCAGAUACAAUCAAGUUCACAAACACUUCUGCGAUCUUCUCUUUUUUUUGUCUUUAG